UAGUUGUAGUGAACCCAUGCUGGCGGCGCAGAGAGGUGAACAGCCAGCGGUCAGUGUGUGAACGGCUGCGCGCGUGCUGCUGUAUGCUGCAGAAUCAGCUGACUGAGCGUCAUGAUGCUGGACAGGAGCAGGGUGACUGUGGUGGCCGAGAUCCUCUUCAGCAGGAGACUCUCAUCUGAGGAGGAGGAGAGAGUUCACUGUCGCUGCUCCAGAGCCUUCGUACAGGAUCGGGAGCUGUAUCGGUCCGAUAACAGAUUGUUCUCAUUUGACCCUGCAGACUGUGCAGUCCGAGACUCGGAUGAUGAAGAGGAGGAUGCUGAUGUGGAGGAGGAGGUGUUGGAUGAAGAGGCUCAGCUGAUGGCCAGCAUGGGUCUGCCUUUGGCUUUUGUCAGCUCCUCUCAGCAGAGGAGAGCAGGGAAAAGGUCUCACAGGAGGCCUGCCACAUACUGGGCAGAAUCAGCCGAGGAGGAGGAAGAUGAUGCACGGGUUGACAACAAAGUUGAAAAGAAAGUGUGCCAGUCACCAAAGGAUGGAACAGGAGAGACGCAAGCUGCCGGCUGGGAGAGCUACUGGGCUCAGCAGGGUGAAGUUCUGCUGUGGAGCAGCUGGAUGGAGAAACAUCCAGAAACUGAUCCAGGAGCAGCGACUGCUCCUUGGGAUGACCCACAGACAAAAGCUGAGUGGGAUACACAUGCUGCAGAGACCUACUACUGCUACUGGGAGCAGUACUCAUACUGGUCAGCACAGGGCUGGACCACUGAGCAGUCCACCUGUGUUGGGGACAGUGGUGGAGAAGCAGAGGGACACACACAGACACAGCCAGGGGAGUGGACUGAUGGACAGACUGAAGACCUGAGGGCUGAGAUCCAGCAGAGAGGAGAAGAAGAAGUGAAGGCUCCUCAUGAAGACGCUGAGGCUCUGACUGAUGUGUUUGGACAGCAGUGCACGUUAGAGGAGGGAGGGAGGUGUGUGACUGAUGCACACACACACACACAGCAUGUCAGAGAGCAGACAGAGACACAACUCUGUGGAUCUGAUCAGCCGUCUGAUGGUGGGGACGAUCAGAAGAGACCUGCAGCCUCACAGCACAACACAGCUCAACAAACAGAUUCCCAGCAGGCUGCUGGCAGCCCUGACAGACAGGAUGGCUUGAGGAAGAGGAUGUCAGAUAGAGAAGAUGAUGAUGAUGAUGAUGACAAACCUCCAGGAGGAGGACCAGCUAAAGUUAAACGCGGUCAUGAGCUGGAUGUGGAGGAGAGUCCUCAGCUGACGGCGGAGGAAGCCUGGACUAAACUGGGACUCAAACACAACCCAGACCCUCUCUUCCACAGUGUGUUCAGCUUUAAAGGUGGUGCUGCUCAGAAGCAGGGGAGGCACAGGUGGGCUAAGAGAGCGGUCGGCAGCGUCAGCAAACACAUCAGGUUCUCAGAGACGUGUGGAGACGACACACAGCCACAGACCAGCAGCACCCUCUGCAAGGUCAAAAACUUCCUUGCAACGACCCAGAGAGAGACCCAAAUGACUGAGUGUGAGCGGGGAGGGAUGGGAGGAGGAAGCUCACAGGAGCCUGAGGACAAGCCUCCAUCUCUGGGAGAAGAGGAGGAGAGGAGGAGGAGGAGGAAGAGGAUGAAAAGUGAUGAGGGAGGACAUGAAGAGGCUGUGGAGAAAGAUGGUUCUCAUACGUCCAGUUUAGACACAGAAAGAACUCUACCCUCAACAACUGGGACUGUGGACAGUGAUGAGGAGGAGGAGCAGGAGGAGGAGGAGGAGCAGCUCGGCAGACAGUUACCUUGUCUAGAAAUUCCCGACUUCCUUCUGCCUGAUGCUCCUGCAGGCAGCAGCGAGUUAAGUGCAAAAAAGGAAAAGAAGCCAAAGAAUAAGAAGAGGAGGAAGAGGAGGCAGCAGGUCCCAGCAGAGAUGGCAGCUGAGCCCGAGCUGGCUAAAUACUGGGCUCAGCGCUACAGACUCUUCUCUCGCUUCGAUGAAGGCAUCAGGCUGGACCGAGAGGGCUGGUUCUCUGUGACGCCGGAGAGAAUCGCUGAGCACAUCGCGCUCAAGGUGGAGCACAGCUUCCCCGACUCUCAGCUCGUCAUAGACGCCUUCUGCGGUGUGGGAGGAAACGCCAUCCAGUUUGCCCUCACUGGAAAGAGAGUCCUGGCCAUUGAUAUCGACCCGGUGCGGCUGGACUUGGCGCGGCACAAUGCUGAGGUUUACAGUGUGGCCGACCGAAUUGACUUUCUGCAAGGGGACUUCCUUCAGCUGGCACCCCGUCUCCGUGGUGAUGUGGUCUUCCUGUCACCACCAUGGGGAGGGCCCGACUAUGUGACUGCUGAGGUGUUCGACAUCAAGACCAUGAUGCAGCCUGAUGGAUUUGAGAUUUUCCGCCUCACCAAACUGAUAUCAGACAACAUUGUGUACUUCCUGCCUCGCAAUGCCGACAUGGAUCAGGUCGCCUCUCUGGCCGGUCCAGGAGGGAGGGUGGAGGUGGAGCAGAACUUCCUCAACAACAAGCUGAAGACGGUGACUGCUUACUUUGGCGGCCUGAUAAAGUGACUCUGGCAGAUGCACGGACCAAUGAGGACUUCCUCCUCUACGAAAGGAGAAUAGAAUAAAAAUGUAUUUGUUACUCUGCACUAAAAAGUACAACAAUCUGACUUACUUUUUUAUACUUUUAUCAUGUUCAAGUUUAAAAUUUCAGACUGAAUCUGGUGAUCAGAUGAGACAUGUUCUGCAUGUUUGAGUUAAUGUGUUUUCAAUUUUUAUGAAUCUCUCUUUAUGAUUAAUGUGUGAUAAAGACUGUAAUUAUGAGAGUUUUAUAAAAAAUGAUUUAAAGAUAUCCUUUUUUACUGUGCAUUAGACCUA